CCGGUCAAUCAACGCCCCAACAAAAUUCCAUCGAAAACGACACAGUUUGGGCUUGGACCCUCCUACUGUGUAUCCCUCUUGCGGCUUUAACUAACAGAUCCACUGAUUCAGAAAAGCGCCAGCUCCCAAGUCCCUUGUCCUAUUUAAAAUCCCCACAUCACUUGGAUCUUUCAAGAAAAUGGUGGAGGAGCAAUGGAGAAAUUUUAGCUUCAUCGGAUAAAAAGGGGAAAAAAAGGGAACGAUUUUUCCACUUUGCAUCAUUUCUUGCUUGCAGGUUCUGCGUUGUUUCCCUUGAAUCUUUAUAUUCUCUCUUGGUUUUGAUUAAUUGGUAUGGCAUAUCUAUAUGAUUGUGAUUGAUUCUUGAAAAUAUCCUGUUGUGUUAGUGAAUUUUUAUGUAUAGAAUUUCAAUUUCUGCUCCAGUUGAUGGUCUCUAAAACCCCAUUUGUUUCUUGAUUCAAGACUCAAUUUUUGCUUCAUGGUUUGACUAGAAGAGGAUUAGUCUGACAAUUUUCGGUGUUAUAUCGAAAAUAGUCGUUGAAAUUUUAAGCAGAACUUUGUGGUAAAAUUUGAUUGUUAUUCGAUAUUGGUUAAAUGGAUGGUUCGGAUAGUGAUAUUAACUUGAACCAAGAACCUGUGAACCAGCCUGUUGGUUCAUCAGCAUCAGGUUUUACGUCUUUAUGGAAUGAAUUUCAUGCACUAGGACCUGCUAAUGAUAGUAUAGAAGAGAGGUUUAGACAGCUCAAGGCUGCAACUCUUAGAGCAGGGCUGAGCCGUAGGUGGCAACGGAUUUGCAAUUUGAACGAAAACGGUGGUUCAUCUAUUGAUCCUAUAGUUGAUGUGAAUGGUGGUAGAGGAAUGCAUGGUGGGGAAGAGAGUGGAGGUGUUAUUGAUAGCAAUGUUGAUAAGGGGAAAGGUUGCAAAAGGGAAAGUGGUCUUUUGGUUGCCAUGGCACUGGAGAUGGACACCGAAAUUAAGAAGGUUCCUGAGGAUGUGGGGAGUUUCUAUGAUUGUAACAUUUGUCUGCAUUUGGCGAGGGAUCCUAUCUUGACUUGCUGUGGUCACAUGUUUUGUUGGGCUUGCUUUUUUAAGUUGCCAUAUGUUGAUUCAACUGCAAAAGAAUGUCCUGUGUGCGAGGGAGAAGUGACGGAUUCCAAUGUCAUCCCAAUUUAUGGCAAUGGCGAUAGUACUAGGGAGUCAAAAUUGGAGUCUGGAAUGACUAUACCUCCAAGGCCAAAGGCACAGCGAGUGGAGGGUGCAAGGCAGCAGCGGGUGGCUAGGGGUGUGUAUGAUAUUCCAGUUGGAGAAGCAUUAAGGCGAAUUAGGACUAGUAUAAGUGCAAUGGGGGACAACCCUCCGCAAGAAGACUCCAACAGAGAUACUACAACUUUCGUUACAAAUUUUUCAAUGAGGGAAGAGAAUCGACUUCGACGGCUGCGCUCCCUACAGAUGUCUAGAAGAUUACCAGAGAGAGCUACUUCUCUUUCUUCUGCUUCAUCUGCUCUUAAUGUUGCAGAAACGGUAGUUGAAAGUCUUGGGACAUUCCUUAAUAACCGUCGUUUCCAAAGAAGUGAUGCACCGGUUUUGUCUGUUGAUAAUGGGGAUACCCUUACUAGGAAUGCUGCAAUUUCACAAUCAGAGCAUCAGAUAUCAAGUGAAGAGAUUAGUUCUGCAGUAGCUGGUCCCUCAUCCUCUGGAACAAGCGACAAUUUCAUCGCCAUCGAGCAAACAGAGAACAUGACAAAUGGUACUGCUGGUGAACUGAAUCUGCCCCCUCGUUUUCAUUCACCAUCGAGGAGAAGAAACAGUUCAUCAAGGGGUGCAGGUUAGAGAAUCAAUUUUUUCAUCACGGUUUUAGGAGAUUUGAGUUGAUGUAAGUAAGUAGCAAAUCUUACGUCCUCCAGUCCCUUUACCAACAGCGUAGCUUAGUAAGUACCAGGGUUGCUGGCAUGUGUAACUGUUUGCAGCUAUCAACUUUAGUAACUGCUUUGCUUUAUAAAGCAUUCAUAUGCCAACUUGGACCAACUUUGGUCUUGAAAGUAUUAUAAACUGAAUAUUCAUUGCCUGGUUAA